AUGGGGCGGCUGUGGGGCGGCCCGGCCGCGCUCUGCGUCUGCGUCCUGCUGGUCCUCACAGGGGUGACCGGGGACACCAUUUCUCCAGCUGGCGCUGAUCCAGCAGACGGGAGCAGCACCGUGACGACGAGCUUCAGCGACUCAACCACCUUGACUUCCACCAGCCCACCAACCCACUCCACCACCACGGCAACGCUGUCCAGAACCAAGGCAACCCCACCCACCACCAGCAGCUCGACUGAGUCCUCCACCACCUCAACCACGACCACCACACCAACCCCAUCCACCACCACCACCACCACCAGCAGCUCGCCUGGGUCCUCCAGCACCUCACCCACCUCAACCACCACCAUCUCAACCCCAUCCAGCACCACCAGCAGCUCGACUGAGUCCUCCACCACUACCACACCAACCCCAUCCACCACCACCACCACCACCAGCAGCUCAACUGAGUCCUCCACCACCUCACCCACCUCAACUGUCACCACCACCUCAACCCUGUCCACCACCACCACCAGCACCAGCAGUUCAACUGCGUCCUCCAGCACCUCACCCACCUCAACUACCACUACCACACCAACCCUGUUGACCACCACCACCAGCACCAGUUCAACUGGGUCCUCCACCACCUCACCCACCUCAACUGUCACCACCACAUCAACCCCAUCCACCACCAGCAGCUCGACUGAGUCCUCCACCACCUCAACCACUACCACCACACCAAUCCCGUCCACCACCACCACCACCAGCAGCAGCUCAGCUGGGUCCUCCACCACGUCACCCACCUCGACUGCCACCACCACACCAACCCAGUCCACCACCACCACCACCAGCAGCUCCACUGCGUCCUCCACCACCUCACCCACCUCGACCACCACCACCACACCAACCCUGUCCACCACCACCACCACCACCAGCAGCUCGCCUGGGUCCUCCAGCACCUCACCCACCUCAACUGUCACCACCACCUCAACCCCAUCCACCACCAGCAGCUCAACUGAGUCCUCCACCACCUCAACCACGACCACCACACCAAUCCCGUCCACGACCACCACCACCAGCAGCAGCUCAGCUGGGUCCUCCACCACAUCACCCACCUCGACUGCCACCACCACACCAACCCCAUCCACCACCACCACCACCACCAGCAGUUCAACUGGGUCCUCCACCACCUCACCCACCUCAGGGACCCCCACCCAGUCAACUCCAUCCACCACCUCCAGCAGCUCAGCUGCGUCCUCCACCACCUCAUCAACUUCGACUGCCACCACCCCAUCAAUCCUGUCCACCACCACCACCACCACCAGCAGCUCAGCUGGGUCCUCCACCACCUCUCCCACCUCGACUGCCACCACCACAUCAUCCCCAUCCACCACCACCACCACCAGCAGCAGCUCCACUGUGUCCUCCAGCACCUCACCCACCUCGACUGACGCCACCACCUCAACUCCGUCCACCACCAUGUUAACCCCGUCCUCCACCACCACCACUACCAUCAGCAGCUCCACUGUGUCCUCCACCACCUCACCAACUUCAACUGCUACCAGCACAUCAUCCCUGUCCACCACCACCACCACCUCCACCAGUUCAACUGAGUCCUCCACCACCUCACCCACCUCAACUGUCACCACCACCUCAACCCCAUCCACCACCAGCAGCUUGACUACGUCCUCCAGCACCUCACCCACCUCGACCACCACCACCACACCAACCCUGUCCACCACCACCACCACCAGCAGCAGUUCAACGGUGUCCUCCACCACCUCACCCACCUCAACUGUCACCACCACCACCUCCACCCCAUCCACCACCCCGUCAUCCCUGUCCACCACCACCACCACCACCACCACCAGUUCAACUGGGUCCUCCACCACCUCACCAACCUCGACUGCCACCACUGUGUCAAACCCGUCCAGCACCACCUCCAUCCUGUCCACCUCCACGUCAUCCCCAUCCACGACCACCACCACCAUCAGCUCAACUGCAUCCUCCAGCACCUCACCCGCCUCAGCCACCACCACCUCAACCCCGUCCAGCACCACGUCAUCCCUGUCCACCACCACAUCAUCCCCAUCCACCACCACCACCAGCAGCAGCUUCACGGUGUCCUCCAGCACCUCACCAACUUCGACUGCCACCACCACAUCAACGCUGUCCAUGACCACGCCAACCCCGUCCACCACCAGCAGCAGAUCGACUGUGUCCUCCAGCACCUCACCCAACGCAGCCACCACCACACCAACCCCAUCCUCCACCACGAGCAGCAGCUCGACAAUGUCCUCCAGCUCCUCACCCACCUCAACUGCAACCACCACGUCAACCCUGUUCACCACCACAUCAAACCCAUCCAGCACCACCACCACCAGCAGCAGCUCUACUGCAUCCUCCAGCACCUCACUCACCUCAGCGACCCGCACCCAGUCAACUCCAUCCACCACCACCAGCGCCUCCACUGUGUCCUCCAGUACCUCGCCAACUUCGACUGCCACCACCACGUCAACCCCAUCCAGCAGUAGCUCAACGGUUUCAUCUGGUACCUCACCCAGCUCGACUGUCACCACCACACCAACCGUGUCCACCACCUCCACCACCACAUCCAGUUCAACUUUGUCCUCCAGCACCUCACCAGCCUCAACUGUCACCACCACACCGACACUGUCCAGCACCACCACCAGCAGCUCCACUGCAUCCUCCAGCUCCUCACCCACCUCGACUGCCGCCACCACGUCAACUCCGUCCACCACCACAGGAAUCCACUCCAGCACCACGUCUAGCCCGUCCAGCACCAUGUCUACCCUGUCCACCACUACACCAACCCAGUCCAGCACCACAUCAACGCCCUCCAGCACCACGGGAACCCACUCCAGCAUCACGUCAUCCCCAUCCACCACCACGUCAACCCUGUCCACCACCACAGGAACCCCGUCAACCACGACAGCAACCCAGACCAGCAUCACAUCAACGUCUUCCACCACCACGGCAACCCCGUCCACCACCAGCAGUAGCACAACGGUUUCAUCUGGCACCUCACCAACUUCGACUCUCACCACCACACCAACCCUGUCCACCACCACCACCAGUUCAACUGGGUCCUCCAGCACCUCACCCACCUCGACUGCCACCACCACACCAACCCCGUCCUCCACCACCACCAGCAGCACCAGCAGCUCGACUGCGUCCUCCACCACCUCACCCACCUCGACUGCCACCACCACGUCAUCCCUGUCCACCACCACACCAACCCUCCCCACCACCACCUCCACCACCAGUUCAACUGGGUCGUCCAGCACCUCACCCACCUCAGCCUCCACCACCCAGUCAACCCCAUCCACCACCACCAGCAGCUCCACUGUGUCCUCGAGCACCUCACCCACCACAACUGCCACCACCACGUCAAGCCCGUUGACCACCACCAGCAGCAGCUCCACUACGUCCUCCACCACCUCACCAACUUCGACUGCCACCACCACAGCAACCCUGUCCACGACCACAUCAACCCCGUCCACCACCAGCAGCAGCUCGACGGUGUCCUCCAGCACCUCACCCACUUCGACUUCCAUCACCACGUCAACCCAGUCCAGCACCACCGCAACCCAGUCCAGCAUCACAUCAACGCCUUCCACCACCACGUCAUCCCUGUCCACCACCAGCACCAGCAGCUCGACUGUGUCCACCACCACCUCACCCACCUCAACUGUCACCAUCACGUCAUCCCUGUCCACCACCACACCAACCCUCCCCACCACCACCUCUACCAGCAGUUCAACUGGGUCCUCCAGCACCUCUCCCACCUCAACUGCCACCACCUCAACACCAUCCAGCACCACCAGCAGCUCCACUGUGUCCUCCAGCACCUCACCCACCACAACUGCCACCACCACAUCAAGCCCGUUCACCACCAGCAGCUCCGCUACAUCCUCCAGCACCUCACCAACUUCGACUGCCACCACCACGGCAACCCCGUCCAGCACCAGCAGUAGCUCAACGGUUUCAUCUGGCACCUCUCCCACCUCGACUGUCACCACCACACCAACCCCGUCCACCACCACCAGCAGCAGCUCCACUGUGUCCUCCAGCACCUCACCAACUUCGACUGCCACCACCACGUCAACCCUGUCCACCACCACCCCUACCAGCAGCAGCUCGACCGGGUCCUCCAGCACCUCUCCCACCUCAACUGUCACCACCACACCAACCCUAUCCACCACCACCACCAGUUCAACUGUGCCCUCCAGCACCUCACCAGCCUCAACUGUCACCACCACACCGACACUGUCCAGCACCACCAGCAGCAGCUCGACUGCAUCCUCCAGCACUUCACCCACCUCGACUGCCACCACCACACCAACCCCAUCCACCACCACAUCAUCCCCAUCCACCAUCACCACCAGCAGCAGCUCCACGGUGUCCUCCACCACCUCACCAACUUCAACUGCUACCACCACAUCAUCCCUGUCCACCACCACGGCAAUCCCGUCCACCACCAGCAGCAGCUCAACGGUGUCCUCCAGCACCUCACCCACCUCGACUGCCACCACCACGUCAUCCCUGUCCACCACCACCUCAACCCCAUCCACCACCACCAGCAGCAGCUCAACGGUGUCCUCCGGCACCUCACCCACCUCGACUGCCAUCACCACACCAACCCUGUCCACCACCACCACCACCAGUUCAACUGGGUCCUCCAGCACCUCACCCACCUCAGUCACCACCACCUCAACCCCAUCCAGCACCACCAGCAGCUCCACUGUGUCCUCGAGCACCUCACCCACUACAACUGCCACCACCACGUCAACCCCGUUCACCACCACCAGCAGCUCCACUACGUCCUCCAGCACCUCACCAACUUCGACUGCCACCACCACAGCAACCCUGUCCACGACCACAUCAUCCCCAUCCACCACCACCACUACCAGCAGCAGCUCGACUGGGUCCUCCAUCACCUCACCCACCUCAACUGCCACCACCCAGUCAACCACAUCCCCCACCAGCAGCAGCUCAACUGCAUCCUCCAGUACCUCACCAACUUCUACUGCCACUACCACGUCAUCCCUGUCCACCACCACCACCACCACCUCCAGCAGCUCCACUGUGUCCACCACCACCUCUCCCACCUCGACUGCCACCACCACACCAACCCCGUCCACCACCAGCAGCAGCAGCUCAACUGCAUCCUCCAGCACCUCAUCCACCUCAGCGACGCCCACCACAUCAACUCCAUCCACCACCACCAGCAGCAGCUCCACGGUGCCCUCCAGCACCUCUCCCACCUCAACCACCACCACCCAGUCAACGCCAUCCACCACCACCGCCACCAGCUCAACUGCGUCCUCCAACACCUCACCAACCUCGACUGCUACCACCACGUCAACCCUCUCCACCACCACCACCACCACCACCAGCAGCUCAACUGUGUCCUCCAGCACCUCACCAACUUCGACUGCCACCACAUCAUCCCUGUCCACCACCACCUCAACCCCAUCCACCACCACACCAACCCCGUCCACCACCAGCAGCAGCAGCUCAACUGUGUCCUCCAGCACCUCAUCCACCUCAGCGACCCCCACCACGUCAACUCCAUCCACCACCACCAGCAGCAGCUCCACUGCAUCCUCGGGCACCUCACCCACCUCAACCACCACCACUCAAUCAACCCCAUCCACCACCACCACCAGCAGCUCCACUGUGUCCUCCAGCACCUCACCAACCUCGACUCCUACAACCACGUCAACCCUGUCCACCACCACCAGCAGCUCCACUGUGUCCUCGGGCACCUCACCCACCUCAACCACCACCACUCAAUCAACCCCAUCCACCACCACCACCAGCAGCUCAACUGGGUUCUCCAGCACCUCACCAACUUCUACUGCCACCACCACCUCAACCCCAUCCAGCAGCACCACCACCACCACCAGCAGCAGCUCGACUGCAUCCUCCAGCACCUCACCAACCUCGACUCCUACCACCACGUCAACCCUGUCCACCACCACCAGCAGCUCAACUGCGUCCUCCACCACCUCUCCCACCUUGACUGCCACCACCACAUUAACCCCAUCCACCACCACCACCUCCACCACCAGCAGCUCCACUGUGUCCUCCAGCACCUCACCAACUUCGACUGCCACCACCACAUCAUCCCUGUCCACCACCACCACCACCAGCAGCUCCAGUGUGUCCUCCAGCACAUCACCAACUUUGACUGCCACCACCACGUUAACCCCGCCUACCACCACCACCAUCAGCAGCAGCUUGACUGUGUCUCCUACCACCUCACCCACCUCUACUCCCACUACCACAUCAACCCUGUCCACUACCACCAGCAGCAGUUCGACUGUGUCCUCCAGCACCUCUCCCACCUCAACUGCCACCACCACACCAACCCCAUCCACCACCACAUCAUCCCCAUCCACCACCACCAGCAGCAGCUCCACUGCGUCCUCAGGCACCUCACCCACCACAACUGCCACCACCACAUCAUUGCCAUCCACCACCACCUCAACCCCAUCUACCACCAGCAGCAGCUCGACUGUGUCCACCACCACCUCACCCACCUCGACUGCCACCACCACCUCAACCCCGUCCACCACCACAUCUACCCUGUCCACCACCACCUCAACCCCAUCUACCACCAGCAGCAACUCGACUUUGUCCACCACCACCUCAUCCACCUCUACUGUCACCACCACCUCAACCCCAUCCACCACCUCCUCACCCACCUCUACUCCCACCACCACCUCAACCCUGUCCACCACCACCUCAACGCCAUCUACCACCUCAUCAACCUCAUCCACCACCACAUCAAUGCCGUCCACCACCACAUCAACCCCAUCCACCACCACCUCAACCCCGUCCACCACCACCUCAACCCCGUCCACCACCACCUCAACCCCAUCCACCACCACCUCAACCCCGUCCACCACCACCUCAACCCCGUCCACCACCACCUCAACCCCAUCCACCACCACCUCAACCCCAUCCACCACCACCUCAACCCCAUCCACCACCACCUCAACCCCAUCCACCACAACCUCAACAACCUCAACCACCUCGACUGCCACCCCCAUCCAAACAACCACAACCACCACGACCACAACCACAACCACUACCACCACCACCACCAUGACAACCACAGUCACCAGUCCAGGUCAGUGCCAGAAUGGUGGCACGUGGGAAGAUGGCAAGUGCCUGUGUCCCGAUGGCUUCCAAGGGGACUUCUGCGAGGAGGUCAUCUGCCAAAACGGGGGCACCUUUGCCAACGGCGUCUGCCAGUGCCCCCCCAAUUUCCAAGGAGACAGGUGCCAGACCGCCAAGGACGUCGUGGAGAUCCAAAAUGUGACGAUGAACGCGACGGUGGAGAUGACGGCCAAAGUCGACAACAGGAACUUCAGUGAAGAUCUCAAAAAUCCAUCCUCAGAUGCCUACAAGGAGUUUAACGAUACGUUCCAGAAGCAGAUGUCGAUGCUUUAUGGGCAUAUCGAGGGCUACAAAGGUGUGAUAAUCAAAGAGCUGCGCUCAGGCAGCAUCGUGGUGGACUAUGACGUCAUCCUGGAGCUCCCCGCCAGCUCCAAGGUCAACGAGACGGUGAAGAGCAUCUCCGAGAACCUCGUCACUGCCAUCCAAAACCACGGCUGUGACGAGAACUGCACAGGGGACGACUGUGUCUGCUUCAACAGCAACUUCACCGUUGUCCACAAAGUUGAGGUGCAAGAGGUGGAAGAACGUGUGUGCGACACCUACAUCCAGGAGGAGUUCAGAGUCUUCUACACGCCGUACCUGACCAAGGUCGGCGUCAUCUGCAUCACCCGCUGCGACUCGCGCCACGCCGACCCGCUGCCCUGCGUCCAUGGCAGAUGUUCCGUCAGCCGGGAGGGGCCGCAGUGCGAGUGCUCGGACCAGGUCGCCUUCUGGUACCAGGACAACGCCUGCAGCUCCCGCAUCAGCAAGGUUGGGGUGUCCGUGGGCGUUCCGGUGGCCGUCCUGGUCCUGGUCAGCACCAUCUUCACCAUCCUCCUGCUGAGAUCUCGGAGGCAGAAGGAUCAGUACAGGAAGAAGCUGAAGUCCCGCUCGGAGAUGUACACCAGCGAUGACGGGAACUGGGACGGAUCUCAAGGCUUUGCCAUGGGCAACCUGGCGGCCACCUGGGAAGACAUGGAGACCCCCAACACCAGCUACAUCAACCUGGAGAACGUGGACACCUCGAGGACGAUACACAUCCAGAGACCGACCAUAGUCCCCUGAGCGAAGCCACCUGAGAACCAGCGGAGACAGGACACGGGGCCACCAGGAUGUGGAGGAGGGGACACAUGGACAGGAGAGCGAUGAGAAUCAGGAGAUCCACCAUCCCCUUCCUCACCACGCAGAUGUUUGCACACAGAAUUAUUUAUAAUUAAACAAAUCCUUAGCUUCA